CCCUGCCGUCACCCACCGGAAACGGGUUCUCCCCGCCCUCUAGUGGCCGGACUUAAAGGGCUCCUCUAGCACUAAGUGGUGUGCUGUCCCUAUGGCUGCCUGCGAGGAGCUGAGCGUGUCCGGCUUCGAGGAAUUCAGCCGGGCUGUGGAGCAGCACCCGGGCAAGACCAUUUUCGCCUACUUUAGCGGUUCUAAGGAUGCUGAAGGGAAAAGCUGGUGUCCUGACUGUGUGCGAGCUGAACCAGUCGUUCGAGCGGGGCUGAAGCAUGUUGGUGAAGGAUGUGUGUUCAUCUACUGCCAAGUAGGAGAGAGAUCGUAUUGGAAAGAUCCAAAUAAUGAUUUCAGAAAAAAACUGAAAAUAACGGCAGUGCCUACACUACUGAAAUAUGGAACACCUCAAAAACUGGUAGAAUCUGAGUGUCUUCAAGACAACCUUGUGGAAAUGUUGUUCUCUGAAGAUUAAGAUUUGAUGGUGGCAGUUGUUAUCUUGAUUUCCUGGUUUGCUCUAGUAUAAAAGAAAUUGUGUACUUGCUUUGAAUUCAUGUUGGCAAUAAAUCUGUUAAAAUCAGUAUGUCUAAGCAAUAAAGAAUGCUGUUCUAAAUACAAA